GUAGUGCUCCAACCGACGCUCCUGACGUUUUGCACCCUCCGAUUUCUCUCUACAUCUCAUGGUUUGCGAUAUUUGACGUCUCAAUUCCUCUCUGUGCGCGUGAAAGUUUCGAUUUCCUGUGGAUUUUUUAUAGGAAGGAAUCUUGAUUAAUUAGGGGUGUAGCAGCGCCGCCUACGAAUUUUGAUUGGGAAGGAGUUCUCGGUCAAUUGCAGUUUUGAGUCGCUGCCACCAUCACCAUGGGAGGUUCACAAAGUCGCGAAGGAUUGGAGCUUUCGGAUUCGGAUUAUUCGGAGGAGGAGGAGGAGGAAAAGGAAGAGCAGGAUUCGGAUAAUUAUGUUGACGCGGAGGAUGGUGGUGCUCAGGUGAGUUCAAAAACCCUAGACGAAGUUGAUUCGAGGUUACAGGAUUUAAAGCUCAAAUACUCGAAAGCCUCUCCGAAUUCGAUUAAGAAACCUAGCGCUGAUCAGAGGAACGCUGUUAAGCUGUACCUACAUAUAGGCGGUAAUACGCCGAAGGCAAAAUGGGUGGUUUCGGAGAAGCUCUGCACUUACAAAUUCGUUAAGAAAUUGAAGAUUGAAGACGACGAGGAAGAGUAUGAUGGUGAUGAAUUGCGCAGCGGUGAAGGAUUUUGGGUUAUGAAAGUGGGGAAGAAGAUCAAGGCUAGGGUUUCCACGGAUAUGCAGAUGAAAUUUUUUGGGGAUCAGAAGAGGGUUGAUUUUGUAGACCGUGGAGUUUGGGCAUUGAAGUUUUACGAAGAUGAGGAGUACAGGGGAUUUGUUUCUAGAUUUCAGGACUGUUUGUUUGAGAAUGUUUAUGGAAUGAAACCUACAGAGGAAAACAAAGUGAGAGUUUAUGGUAAAGAGUUUCUUGGCUGGGCUAAGCCAGAGGAAUCAGAUGACUCCAUGUGGGAGGAUGCAGAUGAGGGCUUGUGGAAGAGUCCACAGAAGAAGCCAAUGGAGUUUCCAGAGAGGGAGAGGCAGGACUUGUUGGAGGAAUUCGAGGAGGCGGCGACAGGUGGGGGGAUACAGAGCUUGGCUUUAGGAGCAUUGGAUAAUAGUUUCUUGGUUAGUGAUUCUGGAGUUCAGGUUGUGAAGAACUUUAGCCAUGGGAUCCAUGGGAAGGGUGUUUAUGUGAAGUUUGAUGACCGAAAGCCAGGGUCGGGUGGUGCAGGGACAUCCGGGACACCCAAGAAGGGCCUUCUGAUGAGAGGCGAGACCAACAUGAUGCUCAUGAGUCCCUCAAAGGAUGGGGUCGGGCUCUCGACGGGGCUUCACCAGUUGGACAUUGAGACCGGGAAGAUUGUGACACAAUGGAAAUUUGAAAAGGAUGGUACUGAUAUCACAAUGAAGGACAUCACAAGUGAUGCAAAGGGGUCGCAGUUGGACCCUUCGGAGUCGACUUUCUUGGGGUUGGAUAACAAUAGGUUAUGCCAGUGGGAUAUGCGGGACAGGAAGGGAAUGGUUCAGAAGCUAGCCAAUGCGAGCUCGCCCGUCUUGCAUUGGACUCAAGGUCACCAAUUCUCGAGAGGGACGAAUUUCCAAUGCUUUGCUACUGCAGGGGAUGGUUCUAUAGUUGUGGGAUCGCUGGACGGGAAGAUAAGAUUGUAUUCGAGGACUUCGAUGAGGCAGGCAAAAACUGCUUUCCCGGGGCUUGGUUCUCCCAUUACAUCUGUUGAUGUUACAUACGAUGGGAAGUGGGUGUUGGGCACCACCGACACCUACCUGAUCUUAAUAUGCACUUUGUUCACUGAUAAGGAUGGUAAAACUAAGACUGGUUUUUCCGGCCGGAUGGGGAACAAAAUUCCGGCCCCAAGAUUACUAAAGCUCACUCCUGUGGAUGCACAUCUUGCUGGGGCUGACAACAAGUUGCAUGCUGGCCAUUUCUCUUGGGUUACUGAAAGUGGGAAACAAGAAAAGCAUCUGGUGGCGACGGUGGGGAAGUUCAGCGUAAUAUGGAACUUCCAUCAAGUGAAGAACAGCGCGCAUCACUGCUACCAGAAUCAACAAGGGCUCAAGAGCUGCUACUGCUACAAAAUUGUGUUGAAGGAUGAAUCCAUAAUCGAGAGUAGGUUUAUGCACGAAAAAUUUGCGCAAGCCAGGACCAACUCCCCCGAGGCCCCGUUGGUCGUGGCGACCCCCCAGAAAGUCACAUCCUUCAGCAUGUCUGGUGGCAAGAGGUGAUUGAUGAUUGUUUGUUCUACCUCUUGCUUCACCAUCAUUCAGUUUGUUUUAGUGUUAGUGUGUUGUUCUGUGUGGAUAUUUUGCCUCUUCUCAUUUGUAAUAAGUUGUUAAUAGCAGUUUUCUGGUGUCGGGUCGGGCCAGCGUUUUUCCUUUAUACUGUAUUGGUGAGUUUUCUGGGACAGCGUUUUUAUACUGUAUUGGUGAAUACUAGUUAUCUUUUGCAA